AUUCCAGCCUGGCAACCACACUGUAACAACCUCACCGCUGAGAGAUGACAGACUCAAUCUCUCGCUCGCUGCUACACACAUACGGUCCUGGGAAUUAAGAGCUUCGUAGAACGUUUUCUUUACUGCGGACCGCGGCAUCAAACUGGAAAACAGAGUUUGUCGCUUGGCGCAAGUGGACUAAACGCUCAACGGGAAUAAAGGAGUUCACAUUUGUUUUUCUCUCAAUCGAUCAGAAAGCGGCUAUUUGCUCAAUGUCACCAUGAUCAUCCUCUCCUCUCGCAGUGUGCUGCUGUCAGUCUACUACCCGCAGAUAUUCCUCAUCCUUACGAGCGGUAGCUACCUGGCCCUUUCCUCUGUGGUGGCCCUGGGUGCCAACAUCAUCUGCAAUAAGAUUCCAGGCCUGGCUCCACGCCAGAGGGCCAUUUGCCAAAGCCGCCCUGACGCCAUCAUCGUGAUAGGCGAGGGUGCUCAGCUGGGCAUCAAUGAGUGUCAGUACCAGUUCCGCUACGGCCGCUGGAACUGCUCGGCACUGGGGGAGCGCACAGUCUUUGGCCAGGAGCUCCGAGUAGGCAGCAGGGAGGCAGCAUUCACCUACGCCAUCACGGCGGCAGGAGUGGCCCACGCGGUAACAGCAGCAUGUAGCCAAGGCAACAUGAGCCACUGUGGCUGCGACCGCGAGAAGCAGGGCUACUACAACCAGGAGGAGGGCUGGAAGUGGGGCGGCUGCUCUGCUGACAUCAAAUACGGCAUCGAGUUCUCCCGACGAUUCGUGGAUGCUCGUGAGAUUAAAAAAAAUGCCCGCCGUCUGAUGAACCUUCACAACAAUGAAGCGGGAAGAAAGGUGCUGGAGGAGCGCAUGAAGCUGGAGUGCAAAUGUCAUGGAGUAUCAGGCUCCUGCACCACCAAGACGUGCUGGACCACCCUCCCUAAGUUCCGUGAAAUCGGCUAUGUGCUAAAGGACAAGUACAACAAAGCAGUACAUGUGGAGGUGGUCCGAGCGAGUCGACUUCGCCAGCCCACGUUCCUGAAGGUGAAGAAGACUCACGGCUAUCAGAAACCCCUGGAGACGGACCUGGUCUACGUUGAGCGCUCCCCUAACUACUGUGAAGAGGAUACCAAGACUGGCAGUGUGGGCACACAGGGCCGCCUGUGCAACAGAACAUCCCCACACACAGAUGGCUGCGACCUCAUGUGCUGUGGCCGGGGCUACAACACGCACCAGUACACCAAGGUGUGGCAGUGCAACUGCAAGUUUCAGUGGUGCUGUUUUGUCAAAUGCAACACGUGCAGUGAGAGGACGGAGGUGUUCACCUGCAAGUGAACGGGCAUGUGCGAAGGAGGGGGGCAGGUGGGAGAGGGAGUGCAGAGACAGUUGGAGCAAGAGACCUGCGGAAUGGAAGAGAUAUUAUUUUUGGAAUAUCACAAAACGGAAACGGAAUGGGAGUUUGACACUAUCGGCUCUUCUUGGCAUUGUUUUGCACAGCAGAAUUUUUAUGUUUGCUUUCCUAUAGAAAUUAAAUGCUAAAUUCUGUCAGUAGGUACAAGCCCAGCUGUUGGGCUUUAAACUACCAGAAGCUCAUGCACUGAUGUAUCCACACUGAUUCAAACAAAAGGACUGCAGGAUACAAGAUGUGCCCUGGACCUGUGCAUUGCAUUCUGUUUUUUUUUUCCAUUCCCUGGGAAGCAACAGUCAAAAUGGAGGCUACAGGAAUUUGGAUAUUGACAGUAACUGCUUGAAAGAGAUCAGAAAGGGUUGGUUAAGUUAGCCUGGGUUACACUAUAGAGAGAGAGAGAUGGAAGCAGGGAGGAAGGUACAUUUAACUCAUGAUCUUAAGCUCUGUAAAGACAAGAAUGGAAUUUCAGAAUGCGGACGGAGCAGAUUGAAAAAUGGAGACAUUGCUACAAGAAGCCUCUGCUACCAACUGGAAUGUGGUGGAACAUGUUAGCUGUCCAGUCACACUGGAACUGUCUGUUUGAACACUGAAAAUAAAUUGUUUAUUUAUGUUAUAGUCUCUUAAAAAAGCAAAGCACUAACGGGUAGAAAUGUCUUAUUUUGUACUAAGUGUAAAGAAACAGAGAGAUGGGGAAAAAAACCCUUUUUAGAAACUCAUGACUGAAGGUGUGCGUCUUUUCAGAAAAAGUCCCCAGGUUCUUUGACAGAAAGUUUUUUUUUCCCUGAAAUGGUUUAACCAUUAAUGGUGUGUUGACUUCAGAAACCACUUUUUAGGACGGUUUACAGUUUACUUAUUUAACAUUGGUUCUACUUUGCUGUAGCCUAACUUUAGUGUGCAGUAAAGUAUGCACUAAAAUUUGGAUCACACUACUUUUUUAAACUUAGAUAACAGCCAGAAGAAAAGUUAAAAAAACACCCUUUUAAAGAUAUUUCCUCAAUUCAAUAUGUUGUCGAGUGCUGCACUGAUAUUUUUCUAUUCUGAUACAUUGCAAAUGAAACUAAAUAAAUAUCCAUUUGACUGACA